AUGACGAGCGACGACCAGCAGUUUCUUGAUUUGCUUGCGUCCAUCCCGCAGGAUAUGGCGGCCUACGGGAGCCGCAUUGCGGACUAUAUCGAAAAGCACACCAAUGCUAUAGCCUCCGAUAUACGCGACGCAAUCGACAAUGCAGACUGGAUACCUGACUCUCUACGGCCCCCGAGACAGCCUGCCAGCGGACCCUCUUAUUUCCCUCGCCCACCGUCACCUCCGCAAGGCCUCCUCGAAAAGACCACGACAUGGGUCUCGAAGAAUCGUACCAUCAUUGCUGUCUGUGUCGCAUUUGCCGGUACAACUCUUUUCAUGAUACACCGAAGGAAGAAGGCCCAUGCUAGAAAGAGAAGGGCGAAGAAAUUGCCAAACGGCGGCAAGAAGGAGAUUGUGGUCCUGGCGUGCUCGACCUUUCACGACGCUCUGACACGGUCUCUGGCUCUUGAUCUUGAAAGACGGGGUUAUGUGGUAUAUGUCACCGUCUCUUCGACAGAAGAGGAUUCCCUGGUCCAUCAAGAAGCAAAACCUGAUUUACGCCCGUUGUGGAUCGACCUGACCUCUACUGUUCCAAACCCAGCGGUAGAUGUGCACCCCAAUCUUGAACCGAUCCGAGAAUUGCUUUCACAUCCCGUUCAAACACAGAACCAUAUGAGCCUUGCUGGUAUCGUCGUCUUCCCGGGCUGUUCUGGCUAUGCCGAAGGGCCCCUGGCCCUCCUACCACCGAGCGACAUUGUUGACAACAUCAACACCCGGCUGGUCUCUCCAGUCCUUACAGUCCAGCAAUUCCUACCAUUGCUCGCGAAUCACAGCGUCGAUCCAAAGUCCCCGGCUUCCAUUGUCAUCGCUUAUCCUUCGAUCCCGAACUCCUUAUCGCCACCCCGUCAGAUUCCCGAGUGCCUGGUGACGUCGUCACUUUCUGCGCUUGCCUCGUCUCUGAAACGGGAACUCAAAGCAGCAAGCGCGAACAUCACUGUUUCUGAACUCAAGCUGGGUAACUUUGACAUGGGCUCUGUCACCUCGUCUCGUACGACCCCGACACAGUCCGCGUACCACGCCUCGAACACUCCAGGGGCAUCAUCGGCCUUGAUGCCGUGGCACUCUUCGCAGCGCGCAGCUUUGCAACGCAAAACACUGGGCCAGCGCAGUUUUAUUCGUGGCGCUUCCGCUCGGGAAUUCCACAACGCUGUUUUUGACGCACUAGCUCCUCCGCAGACUUUCAAAGCCUUUGGCCGAUUCGAAUGGACGGCUACUCGGAGACCUGGGGUGGUCUUUGUAGGAACUGGAGCCAGGAUCUACGAUGUUGUCGGUCGCAUUAUGCCGGAUGGACUCGUCGCGUUCAUGAUGGGCCACAGAAGGCGUGAGGACGAUGAGACCGAUGUGCGACAGGCGAGGGUGCGUCAUUUCGCUCAAAAUGAUCAGAGGCGCAGAGAUAGCUCUGGUGGAAGUGCUGAACGUGGCCCUGCCGCCUCGACGGUCUGGGGGUUUGGCUCGGCAGGCAGUGAAAGCGGGAUCUGGGAAAAGGUUUGA